AUGUCCUUACAUUUGACAAGGAAUAAGGCCCCAUCACUGCAGAAGCAGGAAGUGGAGUCUAUCAAGGAUCAUAAAAUCAUGAAGGCCCAGAAUGUGAAACUCCAGAUGUCUAGACCUUCAUAUUCUAAGUCUGAUACUCCCUGGAAAUCCCAGUCCUUGGAGUCUGAGUUAUUGCCUACUGAGUCAUUGUCUGAGGAUGCACAUACAUUGGCCAUCACUCUGUCAUCAUACAUUUUGUCUCAUGAAGAUAAUAAAGAAGUACUGAAAACCACAGACAAAGAUGAGCCAAAGGAUGAAGCCCAUGCUGAACGACCAUCCUGGGCUAAUAAAACUGAGUACUUUCUGGCCCAGGUGGGCUUCUCUGUGGGGCUGAGCACCAUCUGGCGCUUUCCUUAUCUGUGUUUUCACAACGGAGGUGGCAGUUUUAUCGUCAUCUACAUCCUCAUGCUGUUCUUCCUUGGAGUUCCUCUUAUCUUCCUGGAGAUGGCAGCUGGCCAGAGGCUGCGUCAGGGCAGCAUUGGUGUAUGGAAGGUCAUCAGCCCCUGGAUUGGUGGUGUGGGGUAUGCCAGCUUCAUGGUAUGCUUCAUCGUGGGCUUAUACUACAGCAUGCUCAUGGCCUGGAGUCUCUUCUAUUUGGUUCAGUCUUUCCAGUCCCCACUGCCUUGGUCAUCAUGCCCCUCACUGAGGAACACCAGUGAUUUCGAUCCCGAAUGUACACGGACGACAUCCACCACAUACUUCUGGUACCGGAAAAUGUUGAAGGCCACAGAUGAAAUUGAGAUGGGUGGGCUGCCACUAUUUCAUCUCAGUGUGUCUCUCUUUGCAACCUGGUUACUUAUCUGCGUCUCCAUGAUGAAAGGGCCCAGGUCCAUUGGGAAGAUGCUGUAUGUCUUAGUUCUUCUUCCCUACUUCAUCCUUAUUGUUCUCCUUGCCCGGACUCUACAGCUGGAAGGUGCCAUUUUUGGUCUCAAGACUUUGUUAGCUUCCAAGGUAACAGCCCUGUACUCUAUGGAAGUGUGGCGCCGGACAGGAAACCAGGUCUUUUUGUCCAUGGGCCCCGGCUUUGGCAGCUUCACUGCGAUCAGCUCAUACGUCCCUCGGUCCAACAACUGUAUCAGUGAUGCCUUUGCUGUGGCUUUUCUCAACUUGGUCACCUCAAUGACUGCCACGUUGGUUGUAUUUUCCAUCAUAGGCCAUUGGGCCACAGUGAGCACCCAAAAAUGUUACCAGAGAAAUGCCGACAGAGUGAUGGACCUGGUAGCAAAUGGAAUGUUGCCUUCUAAGGCGCGGCCCCCAGAUAGUCUGUAUCACCAGCCAAACCUCAUUUAUCCAAGGUGGCUCAAUAACAGCCUCCCUGCACAAGUCAAAAGUGAGAUCCUACAACAAUUAACUGAUUGCAACUUAACUUGGCAAUUGAAACAGGCUAUGGAAGGUCCAGGUGUGACAUUUGUGGCAUUUACCGAACUCAUCUCUAUGCUUCCUGGACCCACCUUAUGGGCCAUCAUCGUCUUCCUGCUGCUGGUGAACCAGGGGAUGAGCACCAUGAUAGGGAUUAUGCAGGGCAUCAUUACCCCUCUCCAGGACACAUUCUCUCCCCUCAGGAAACAUACGCAGCUGCUCACAGUGGGUGUCUGCAUGCCUAUGUUCCUGGGCAGCCUCAUUUUUGCUAGGCCCUCGGGCAGCUACUAUGUGAAUCUGCUGGAUGAUUACUGGGUAUCUCUGCCCCUCUUCUUCAUUAUCAUCUUGGAGAAUGUGGCCGUGGCCUGGAUCUAUGGGGCCAGGAGGUUCCUUGCAGACAUGACAAUCCUGUUGGGCCGCUCCAUCUCCCCCAUGUAUCGUUGGCUGUGGUCCUUUCUGUCUCCAUUUGUGCUGCUAAUCCUGUUUUUGUUCACCCUGGUUCAUCUUUGUGGGAAGGAUAUCACCUAUAUGGCCUGGAACUCAACCUCAGUGAGCCUCCCUCCCCAAUAGAACCCCCUAAGGAGUGGGUACCAGACCUAUCAAUCCACUCUUGCCU